UUCCAUUGAAGAUCUUGAAGGACGACAAUCAGAGUCUGAUGGCGGCUCUGUGUGAGAACAUGCUGAUAGUCAGUAUGUUACUGAGUGUCUUCUUCAAUCCAGGUAAUUUGACUGGUUGUCCCAAUAAAGUCCUUAUUGCUAACGUACCUGGAGAGAUUGAAGCUCUGAGUGGAUCUUGUUUGCAAAUCCCAUGUAGCUUCAGUUCAACACAUUCCACAUAUGACAUCACUAAACCCAAGUAUGGAGUUUGGUUGCAAAAUAAGUCAAAUGUCAAUAAGAAUCCAGAGGCUGUAAUUUUCAACAGCAGUGGAUCAGUUAACAAAAAUUCACUGAAAAUGAUUGGAAACCUCAGAGAGGAAGACUGCACCACUGUGUUUCCUGAUUUAAAGACGAGUCAUACUGACAGUUACUACCUACGAAUUGAGAGCUGGCCGUUCAGAGCAACAGAUGUAUGUCAUCCUCUUCACAUAACAGUUAAGGAUUCUCCUUGGAGUCCCAGCAUUAAUGUUCCCUCUGACCUGAAGGAGCAUCAGUCUGUCACUGUAACCUGCUCAGCUUUCACUCCCUGUCCACACUCACCUCCUGAACUCACCUGGACUCUCCAACAAGACUCUCUCAGACAAACAGAGAAAAACACAGAUGGAACCUUUACAACUAAAAUCCAGGAGAACAUCACUCUGUCAGACACACAUGAUGGAUACAACAUCAGCUGUUCUGCCAGAUAUCCUGUGAUUGGAGGAAACAAGACAGCAGAGACAGAAGUGACUCUCAGUGUUUCAUAUGCUCCUAGAAACACCUCAGCAUCCAUCAGUCCAUCAGGUUUGGUGUCAGCAGGUAGCUGGGUGGAGCUGAACUGCUCCAGCAGAGCCAAACCUCCACCCAGAUUCACCUGGUUCAGGAACAACAAAGAUGGAGCCACUAAUGUGUCUGUGGAGAAAGUUUACAGCUUCAAUGUUACUGAGGGAGGAGAGUUUUACUGUGUGGCUACAAAUCAUCUGGGGAAUCAGACUUCAUCAUUUAUUCUCGUGAAUAUAAUCAGUGAAAAGAGAGGUUAA